AUGCGUUCUUGUUUGUUUACUGCGCUCUUUCUGAUUCUGAUUAUCAAUUAUGUUCAUUUGGAGGAAGCUAAACCACGCAAAGUUUGUCUGAAGUGUUGUGGCAAACCUCCGUGUUGCAAUUGUUGUGGCUUGCCUGGCUGUAAUAGUGGAACUGAUCAAACUAGUACUACUCCUGCUCCGAGUACAGCAUCAGUCGCAUAUGAAAGAAAUUUUCCUGUUGCAAUCAACACACCACGGCCAUCUGGAGCAUGCCUGACCUGUUGUGGACCGCCGCCUUGUUGUAAUACUUGUGGACUUGAUAUCUAA